GAGUCAGUCGGCCGCUAGCCUUCGCAAGCGCUGCUCGUGUCGCGCGGCAACAGUUUUCCACUCACGGAAAAAUUGUGUCGCGAGUGCCGCGGGAACCUUCGAUUCCAGAGCUUUGAGACUUUGUGACCUUGUUUAUAACGUGAUGGAUAAAGUGCAUGGCGUUUUAUAAGUGUUUAAGAAGUGCAUACUUGUACGUCAGUGCUCCCGGCCCUCCCCACUGAACCCUGCACUUGCACAAUGGAGGCGACGCCGCACGUGUCGACCCACUGGCUGUCCACAUUUAUCCUCCUAUGUUCUUUCUUCUCCACACACUCUCUUAAUACUAAGAUUCACGAGCACAUGACCCCUGACGAAUUACGGAACGUCUUCCACGUUGAGCAUCACAGUCAUGUACCAGAGUACCAUUUGGUUCAAUUAACGCAUCAUUUAGCGAGGCGGCAUAUCCAUAACGCUCAUAAAACAAACAUCCAUACAACAAACCCAAACAAAGUUCCACAUGAUAAAACGAAAUCAUGGAAAACAGAUAACCCUCCUUCGUUGUUAAACGAUGAGAUGUUUUAUAAAGCGAAAGAGUAUAUCCAAGAUGUUGAUAUUAUAGGAGAUUUGAAUAAUACAGUGAGCGUACAGUUUAGUGUAUCGAAUUCAAGUGAAGUUAGUGAUAGUGAUGGUAGUUCAAGUGAAAGUUUACGUGAUAAUGUACACGAAGUACAGGAUCAAGAUGAAGAUGUGCAUAAAAUUGAUUUGCAAGCAUUCGGUAGACAGUUGAAAUUGGUGCUAAGGAAGCAAGAGGGUUUACUAAAGAAGGAUGGAUUGAAAAUGUGGCGGGCGUUGACGAACGAGUCGCAUCCACAUGGCGUCGACUAUGAAGAAUUGAGUACGGAUAAUGAAGAGGAUAUUGGUGAUCUGUAUCAUGAUGAUGAAAAUGGUGCUGCGUUGCUUAUUAGAAGACAUCCAAAGAACGGAAAGAUAAUAGUGGAAGGCUCGAUAGGUCACGAGCUAGUGAUCAGACCUAUACCAGAUUCAAUGACGACGGCGCAAGACGAUGAAAUGUUCCUAGAUCCAGCCAGCAUGGCUGAUAUGGUGUCUAUAGAUACGGGACUUCCAAUAGUGAAAAGGAAGAAAAUAGACCAGGAUAGUUUAAGGCAAGCUCUCCAAGGCGCUCAUCACGUCAUUAUCAAAAGAGAUCCUGCCCAAGGGGACCAUCUAAGUGAUUUUGCAUUUAUGGAGCCGGACCACAUUGGUAAGAGGUACAGGCGGAAACGGUCUACAGAAUCUCACAGCAGGCAGAAACGGGAAGCUCCUUACGUCAUCUACCCGGAGAUCUUGGUUAUUGUCGAUUAUGAUGGAUAUAGAUUACACGGAGGAGAUAAUGUUCAAAUUAAGCGUUACUUCGUAUCCUUCUGGAAUGGUGUCGACCUCCGAUAUAAAUUGUUGAAAGGGCCCAGAAUAAGGAUAUCUAUCGCCGAAUAUCUACUGAGUAAAAGUAUUCGGUUACAGGGUCGUGAUGCCACACCUUACCUGGAAAGGAAUCGUGUUGGCCGCGACGCUAUCGACUCGGCGGCAGCGCUCACAGACAUGGGCAAAUAUCUCUUCAGAGAGCGGCGGCUGCCAGUCUACGAUAUCGCUGUUGCUAUUACGAAACUAGACAUGUGCAGGAGACAAUAUGCAAACGAUGCGUGCAAUAGGGGGACAGCAGGGUUUGCAUACGUGGGUGGAGCGUGUGUUGUGAACAAAAGACUAGAAAAAGUCAAUUCAGUUGCUAUUAUUGAGGACACCGGCGGCUUCUCUGGGAUUAUCGUCGCUGCGCACGAAGUCGGUCAUUUGUUGGGAGCAGUUCACGAUGGUAGCCCGCCUCCAUCGUACCUCGGCGGUCCCGGUGCGGAGAAAUGCAGAUGGGAGGACGGCUUCAUCAUGUCAGAUCUCAGACACACAGAGAAAGGAUUCAGGUGGUCACCGUGCAGUGUACAAAGCUUCCAUCACUUUUUAAACGGCGACACGGCGACGUGCCUGUACAACUCGCCGCACGAGGACGACUCGCUGCCGCGCGUGCUGCCGGGCCGCCUGCUCACGCUGGACGCGCAGUGCCGCAAGGAUAGAGGCACCAGCGCGUGCUUCAAGGACGAGCGUGUGUGCGCGCAGCUGUUCUGUUUCGACGCAGCGAGCGGCUACUGCGUGGCGUACAGGCCUGCCGCAGAGGGCUCGCCCUGCGGGGAUGGACAGUACUGUAUAAACGGGCGCUGUAUAACGGAGCACGAGAACAUAAUCCCCGACUACUCGCAGCACACGCCGAGCUACGUGCGCCCAGAAACUAGCCCCUUCUUCGGAAAUGUCACGAGUACCGGAGACACGACAAAACCAUACGUAGCUAGCACACGAGCGCCAUCUGUAACAUACCGACAAAACUACUAUUCAAGUUACAAAAUGAAUACAAACCCAGAAAAUGCAACAACAACAACAACUACAACUACAACUACAACAACAACAACCACCACAACAACAACAGAGAGGCCUUACAAAUACAAUUAUUAUAACCCAUGGAAGACCACAGAGUAUAAAACGGAAAAACCGACAACUGUCAGUGUCAAAAUUAUCGACACAAAGAGUACUCUGCCCAGAAUAUCCACCACAAGAAGUCCAUACGACUUUAAAGAUUUCACAACAUUAAGACCAAUUGAAAAAACAGAAUCAACCAAACGUGGUUUCUUUAACAAGGACGAAUUGGACAGUUACUUUAAACCGACAACUAAGAAUCCAUUCCCAGAUAAAGGAAUCAAAUCCCUCUUCAAAAUAGGAACUUAUUAUUCCCAAGCGAAAGCAAACGACAACUCGAUUAGACCGGACGCGAAUUCCCAACAAGUUCAAAUAGAGCCAGCGAGACUGGUCUUCUCUUACCAAAGGAACCUUACCUCCGGGGAGUUGAUACAGACAUAGGAAAGAUGUGCCAAAUUAACACUUAUUGCCGCCAUUAACGAAACGAGCGGACAAAACCCUGAAGACUGCCGCGCUGGAAUAUGAGACUACUGGUGCUUACACCGUCUGCCUGAGCCAUGGUGUCUUCACUACGCCAGUCCCCACUUCCAGCCCCUACUUAAUACAGAUUGUGUUUCGUGCGCACAAUCCCGUACACAAGAAUAUUGUUGUCAUAAAAUAAAACGAUUCGUAAUUCAUGUUACAGUGAAUCUCAAUUUUCGUAACAAUUAGACGUUAAGCCAUCCCACUCAUUCUCUUUGAAUAAAACAGAGAUAGCAAGUGUUUGUAUACUCGUCACGCCAUUGUAUCACGGACAGAUGUAAUAUUUUUUAAAUCUAUGCCGUUGAUACUGGCAACUUUUGUUUCUAAAAAGUAUAUCAAUAUUCAGCGGGUAAUUGCGGGAUUGUGUCGCACUUGUACGUGUGUAAAAUGUGUCUGAAGACGUGACUAUAAAAGUGUCAGACACAGUUCUGUGAGUGAUAUAACAAUGUGAUUGUGUAACUAUUAAUGAACUAUAAGUACAUUAGGAUAUUUUUUUUUUCGUUUAAAUACGUUCGGAGUAUCCAAUAUGGAGCCGUUGUGUUUGCGAUUUGGUUUUGGAAUCAUAGAGCAAUACUCUCUUUUUAGUCUAUGGACGUACGUUUAGAAACGGUUGUAAAAUAUUUAGUUUAAAAAAUGAAACUGCCAAGUAGUGCCUUUUAUCAAGUUAAUAUAAGAGAUUUAUUAGAACUAUCUUUUCUAAUGAAAACUGAGCUUACGGCGACUGGUUCGCAUUUUCUGAACAAUUAGUACUUCGACUUAGUUAUUUUUUUUAUAUUUUUGGUUUUAAAUUCAUUCUAAAUAUAAAUAUUGAUGUUUUUAGAUUAAUUUAAGCUUGUUUUUAAUAACUAAAAAAUUAUUUAUGUGACAUAUGUUUUAAAAUAAAGUUACCAGUAGUUUAAAUUCUUGAUUUUUGCUUUGGCAGUAUCUGAAUAUCUGUAGUGAGCUCAAAUACAUCACUUGCCGUUGAUUGCUAACUAUUUAUUAUAAAUACAAACUAUUUAUAUAUGAGCAAUUUAUUAUCCGUCCAAAUUGUGUAAAUUUUAAGAACGAAGAUUAUAAGAAAAUAACAAAACUGAA